CUCAGCUCAACUCUCCAAGAUUUUGAUCCUCAUUCGGUCUCUGCAAAAAUUCCCAUUCAAGGACCAGAUCCUUAAACUUGUGAUGGCCGCCUCUUCUAAACGUCCCAACUCUCAGGCUACCCCUCCUCCAGGAUGGUCAAUGGAUCCAGAGGAGCUCGACUACGAGACUGAUUGGGCCCCGGAAGGUAGCUGGGGGUAUCAGAUCGGUGUUGACUACGGACUCGGGAAAUGUAUCCCCGUUAUGUGCGACCCGAUUGGGGGGGUUUGA